AUGCCUAUUCGUGGUUCCAGCUGUAAGGUAAAAGUUCACGAUGAAUUUAUUCCUGUAAAUCCUGACACAAUUUUUAGAAGAAUCUCCCUCCUGAAAAAGUCAGAUGAAGAGUUGCGAAACUAUUUUGCAUUUGAAUUGGCACCUUUCCCAUUGUCACUAUUUGAUGAAGAAGGACUACCUCCAUACAUCAGAGAAAAUAUUUUAUUUCUCCACGCUUUCAGUGGUUGCGAUACAACAUCUGCUCUUUUUAGACAAGGGAAAAAGAAAUUUGUCAAGAUCUUGAACUGUACAGUGUUACAACAAACUGAUCUUCUAGCAGGAAUAAUUCCUCGUGCUAUGAAAGAUCUUUUUGAUCGUUUAGAAGGAAAGAAAGUGGAGUUUCAAAUUAAAGUCAGUUUUCUUGAACUGUAUAAUGAAGAAAUAUAUGAUCUGCUUGCGCUAUCUGAUGAUCUUACUAAACUAAAGAUGUUCGACAAAACUUCACAAAAAAGCUCAAUAGUAAUUAAUGGAUUAAGAGUAGUUCCUGUUAACUGUAUCGAGGAUGUCUACACUAUUUUGGAACAAGGGUGCAAGAAAAGACAUAGAGCAACUACCUUAUUAAAUGAAAUGUCAAGUAGAAGUCAUACAGUUUUCACAGCCAAUAUACACAUCAAAGAAAAAUGUGAAAAUGUGGAGAAGUCUCAAAUUUCUAAGCUGAAUAUGGUUGAUUUAGCUGGCAGCGAAAAUAUUGGCCGAUCUGGUGCAGUUGACAAACGAGCUCGAGAAGCAGGUAGUAUAAACCAAAGCUUGCUGGCUCUUAGUCGAGUUAUCACUUCACUGUGCGAAAACUCGAAGCAUAUCCCUUAUAGGCAAAGCAAAUUAACUCGCUUACUAAAAGAUUCUCUCGGAGGGCAAACGAAGACAACAUUGAUAGCAACAAUAUCUCCAUCAAGUCUUCAUCUCGAAGAAACGCAAAAUACUUUAAAUUAUGCUCUGAGAGCUAAAAACGUGAAGAACAAACCUGAAGUCAAUAAGCAUGUAGCUGCAACAUCCUUAACAAAGGUGGAUUUGCAAAUUGAACAAGCUCAGCAGGAACUUGCUCAGGAAAAAAAGAAGUUAGAGAGAAAAAGGAACGCGAAGAAGAAAUUGAUUCAAGAAGUUCAGGAAGAGGGGGAAACUUUAGCUACUUCUGAAAGAGUGCUUGUUACAUUGGAAAAAUAUUCGAGUCAUUUGCACGAUCAAGUGCAUGAGGAUCUUACAAAACAGUAUGAAGUUCAGACUGAGCACGAAAAGAAUGCUAGGGACUUUGUGGCUUUCGAAGAUUUACUAAAUGCAUUUGAAAACAACUUGUCGGUUAUAUUUGCUUCCUUGAAAGAAUGGAAAGACGAUCUAUAUACCAAAAAUUGGGAAGAACAUAUAAAUGCUGUUGAAAAUGUGGUGUGCUCUUUGGAAACGUUCUGCAAUAAGAACAUAAAAGAAGAAUUCGAGAAUCACCUAUCAAAAAACCUUACUGGUGCUGAUUUAGUUAACUGCGAUAAAUUAGAUCAAAAAUCUUCCCAACUUGUGUCGAUGUCAAAAAGUUUCAAGGAAUUGGAAUUAGUAGACGAACCUAGUCCAGAUACGUACAUCACGGAUUAG